ACGGCGGCCCGGGCUGCGCACCCUGCUCGCUCCCGGUGCUGCCCCGCUCUCCCCCUCCCUGGUGUCCCAGCCCUGAUCCUUACCCCCUGUCCCAUCCCUGUUCCCCAGCCCUGCUCCCCACGCCCUGUCCCAGUCCUGAUCCCCACCUGAAGGCCCACCUCCCCCAGUCCGCUGGCAGGCAACCCCCGGGAUAACAUGGCACGUUGCAGACCCCAUAAUUCCCCCCACUGUACAGAGUCGCAGGACGAUGUGUCAGCCCUUGAGUGCCGGGGAGUUUCACGGGUCCCUGGGUGCUCGGUGCGCCAGUCUGCCAUGCCGUGGCACCUGGUGCUCACAGGUGCUGGGCACUCUUUUUCGUGCCUGCCUUCGGGCCCCUGGCAUCCUCGUCUGUUCACACCACCUGCGAGGUUCUGUGUGCUGCCUGCUGUGGGGCUGUCACAGCCCUAGAGUGGCCCAUGGCAUGAUGCUGGUGACCAGAUCUGCCUCUUGCACAUUUUGGGGUGGUCACUCCAGUCACUUGCUUUCUGGUGUAAGUGCAUUGUAGGGCUCUGGGCCUUGCUGUUCAGGCUGCUGUUGCUCCAUGAGUAGCUACUUUGGGUUAUUUUACCUUCAUUUUCCCAGGCUGGGUCUUGCUUUGUUUCCUGCUUACAUUUCUUGGAUCCUUUGAAUGGUGUCUACUCUGGAUGGUGUUUGCAACAGCUCGCUGCUCAGUAUCAUCUGCAAAUUUAAUGACAAUUCACUAUUCAAGUAAAAGUUGGAGAGAUGGUGUAAAAUGAGACCCUGAAGUUCAGCUGAGUUGGCUCUUGCUUGCCUUAUCAAAAAGCUUUACCCAGUGAUUCUUCUGAAAUAACUCCUCUGGGCAAGCCAAUGUCCACCCACCAUUCAUUGUGUUGGGUGUGCAGGCUCCUUUACCUGCCAGUUUUGUUCUGUGCUAGGGAUAGGAACAGGGUUUAUCCUGUUCUCAGCUCUGGUUUUGUUGUCCUUUCUUGCACAGAAAAUCAGUGCCUUGUUUGCUCUACCCAUCACUGGGGUUCUGGUUUCUUCUCGGCACUGUGUGUCAGCGGGUUAAUAGGUUCGUCUCCGCACUGGCCAGGCUGGCCAGGUGACUGUGUCUGUGUGGACAUGCUGUUUUCGCUUUCCCUGCAGCUGUUUUUGCAAGGCCUUUGCCUCAUUUGCAUUUUUCUGUUUAAAAACAGUGAUUUUUCCCUUUUGAGUCAUCUUUAUUUUUGAGCCAUCAUUAAUUUUCUCUCCCUCCUUGUUUAUUAAUAGACCUUUUCACUUUUGUGCUGAUUCUGCCUGGGUAUAUUUGUGAAGUCCUUUGUAUUCCCCUUAGCAUUCUGGCUGUUAACUCCUUAUGCUGGUUUGUUGUCCCUUCCCUCCCCCCCUGCCCCCCUGCAGCUGUGAGGGGACACUAUUGACUUACAAAUCAUUUUCCUGUCUGGAAUGUUCCCCUUCUCUUGUUCCAGGUAUCUCCUAAGAGCAUCUAUUCCAGGUGUCUCCUAAGAGUAUUGCAAGUGAAAGGCACGAUUGAAAUCUCUCUCAGUGCCUUUGACGCUUUUGCCAGCCCCUCACAUAGCCAGCGUUUGCUGUGUCUACUGGAGAGCGUCUUUCUCCUGGCAGCAAGGCACAGGGACGUCUUAAAGCCCUCGGGGCUGCAGGCAGAAGUUGGAUGGAAUGCAGCUCUUUGCGCCUUGAAUGCUUUGCUUUGCCUCCUACCAGUGGCUCUGUGUUCUUGCCUUUGCUCUGUCUGUCUCCACCAGGUAUCCAGGUCCUUCCCUGGCCCUGCCGCCUGCUGUUGAGCCAGGUGGCCUGGGCUGGAGCUCUGCUGAGAGCAGGAGAGGUGCAGGGUAGCCAAAACCUCUGACAAUCCUUGCCUGGGCUGCCAGGGGCUGGUGUUGUGCAGCUGGUAGCGGUGGCACCAUGCAGCAGGAGGCGGAGGGCAGCCGGACGCGCCGCAGGAAGCCUGACAUGGCCCUCUACGUGCCCAAAGCGCGGCGGGAGAGAGAGGCAAAGGCGGCAGGCGAUGCACGCGUGGGGCACCGCUGGGAGCCCGAGAACCACUGCCUGGUGCAGGAUGCUGGCUGGGGCAGUGGCGAGGGGCAGAGGCCAAGCCCCCGUGCCAGAACGCAGGCAGGCAGAGCAGCAAGGAGGGAGAACAAGGUGGAUUCCGGCCCAAAGGAGCUGCGGACAGCCUCUGCCAGGCACAGCCAUAGGAUGGGAGGCAGCUGCCCCAUUGCACUGGAAAGCCUGGAGGCAUCACCCAGCGUGUGUGAGCCAUGCCCAGAUCCAGCUGUUGCUCAGCCCUGGGACAGGCAGGAUAAAGCAUCUCAUGAAGGACCCGGAGAGCUCAGCCACGGCCACAGGAUGAUAAGGACUGAGCCUGACCCUCCAUCCCCACCGAGUGCCCAGACUGGGGCUGUGAAGGCUACCCCCGAGCCUGGGGAUGACCCCACUAGCCCAACACCUGCUGCUAGCCCAGCACUGGUUUGUCAGACAGGUCUGAGUGAUGUGUUGGAACACUUGGGGGACAGCACCCCAGAUCCAGCUGGGAACCUCUCCCAAAGCCUGGGAGAGGCUGUCCUGGAGUCAGAAGGGGUGGGCAACCAUGACAGGGUGCCCCGGUUGGUGGGUCUGAAAGCCUGGGAGGAGGAGAGGGAGGAAGACAGGUCUCUCCUGGCAGAGCAGAGCAAGGGUUGUGCCACUGGGUUACUGAAGGAAGAGGAGACGUGGGGAGGAAGGGCUGAGCUUCCUGGGGAGAGCACCUUGUGUGCACCAGGAGCCAGCUGUGAACCUGUGUUGCUGGGGGGUAGCGUGGGCGGUGUGCCAGUACUCCCAGGGGGCAGCACUCCACGGCAGGGCAUGGGCAGCCCAUCCCAGCUCCUGCCUGUGAUGGAGGAGAGCACUGCUGGUGCUGGGGAUCCCGGUGAGGAGGGUGACCUGGUGUCUGCUGUAGAGAAAGCGGGCAGCACUUCUGCCUCUGCCUGCAGAGAUGGCAGUGCUGGGGCUGAGAGCAGCCCAUGGGACGGAGCACCUCUGGAAAGCUGUGAGCCCCCACUGCCCCUAGAGCUGCUGUGCCAUGGCAUGGAGGGGAUCUCGCCUGCAUCCUGGGCCAAGGAGCUGGCAAGGCCAGAUGAGGAUAUGGGCUCGCUGCAGAAGCACCAGGAGGCUGAGAAGGAAGAGAAAGGUCUCCACAGCAGCUCUCCAAAGGAAGGACAGAGCAGUGCCAGUGCUGAAACCCUGAGCCAGACCAGCCCGGGUGCCGAGGAGAGCUGGGAUGUGCUGUUCAACGAUGAUGGGGACUGCCUGGACCCACGCCUGCUGGAGGAGCUCUCAGGGAGUGUGAAGCACCAGGAGAGCCAGCAGUCACCCCGCUUCAACUACUAUGGGGCUGAACCUGCUGCGCCAGACAUCAGCGAUGAUGAGCUGCCCCACGUCAUCGAGAUCUACGAUUUCCCCUCGGAUUUCCGCACUGAGGACCUGAUGCGUGUCUUCUGCAGCUAUCAGAAAAAAGGCUUUGAUAUUAAGUGGGUGGAUGAUACGCACGCCCUGGGCAUCUUCUCCAGCCCCAUAACAGCACGCGAUGCCCUCAGCUCCAAGCACCUGAUGGUGAAGACGCGCCCACUCUCCCAGGGCACCCGUGCCUCUAAAGCCAAAGCCAGGGCAUAUGCUGAAUACCUGCAGCCGGCCAAGGAGCGCCCUGAAACAUCAGCUGUCCUGGCCAGGCGGCUGGUGAUUGGUGCCCUCGGGGUACGGAGCAACCAGACACCAGCCCAGCGAGACGCUGAGCGGAGGAAGCUGCAAGAAGCUCAGGAGAGGAAGCGCCUGGAGAACAAGCAGCGGGAGGAUGCCUGGGAGGGCCGGGACUGAGCCAGGAGGCUGCACUUUCAGCCCACAUUCCUCUCUGUGGGCGGGCAGAGCACUCUGUGUCUCAGAGCUGGGACGGAUUCUGCACUGCGUCCAAAAGCACUGGGCUGCUUCACCGCAAGGGCUGAGCAGCAUGCGGGCUGGUUGGUGCUGUGGGGAUGCUGUUGCUGUCAGACAGCUCUGCCCACCCUGCCCAGGGCAGAACCCCCAAGGCUACCAGCCACAGCAGGAGCAACAGCAGGAUGCACAGAGCUCAGCAGAGAGCAUGGGGGCCUGUGCGGGGCGGCCCUGGCCACCUGGCAGGGCCUUGUGAGUGAGAGUUUCUGUCCUCUAUUUUGCUAAUAAAUGCCAUUUAUUUUA